CAUGAAGCAAAAUGAAAACAAGGAGCCUCAGUCGUACCUCUUUGCGUCAGGAAGCCACUGUGUUGAUUAGGAUGCAUUGCGUCGCUCCAGAAAUGGACUCAUAUUUUCCAUGUCACUGGGAGUUCCUUUUAGCUUAAAACUCUGAAAGGAUACAAACAAGAAAAUUCCACCCACUAUCACAGUACACCGAAUGACUGAAUCUCCACACAGAAAAUAAUGCACUAUCAUAUUAUAUCGGCUGGCUCGGCCUUCCACAGCCUUGAGAGUUAAGUAAGUGUGCAUAUACGACAAGUCAGCAUCAGACACGGGGAUCAUCCAAAUCCUGUAAAAAUGACUCCUCUUUGAGCAUGACAGGCGGUAGCGGUGGUUAAUCUGAGCCCUCAAUGUCUGAUCAGAUGGCCUGGAUUCUGACGAUUCAGAACCUGAAGAUUCAUCCACAUGGCUGACUCCACGAGUCCAUGAUUGAUGUGAGAGCAUGCGUCACUGGCAAGAGGUGACCAAUUUGAUACGUUGUUGCAUCGUCAGCUCGUCAACUUUCCUUGGGAAGGUAUAGCACCAUGUGUUAUAUACACACACUAUAGUUGCCAUUGUGACCAUCAUCUGAUUGUGUCCAGCAGAUCAUGCUAUCUUGCCAGUGUCACUGUUCUCCCAGUUUGACUGACUCCAUCACCAGUACUUUUGCUACAACAGCCGAUUAGCCAUGACCUUCACGGGCAGUGGCGAUGGCCAGAGCGGCUCCAUGAGGGCGCACUUUGUGCUGGUACCGAUGUUGGCUCAGGGGCACACCAUCCCCAUGACCGACAUGGCGCGCCUGCUGGCAGAGCACGGAGCGCAUGUCAGCUUCAUCACCAUGCCAGUGAACGCCUCCAGGUUGGCAGGCUUUGCAGCCGAUGUGGAGGCGUCGGGCCUGGAAGUUCGGCUCAUGGAGCUCCAUUUCCCGAGCGCCGAGUUCGGCCUACCGGAUGGGUGCGAGAACCUAGACAUGAUCCAAUCCACGUAUCUUCUCCCCAACUUCAUGUAUGCCAUCGCUAUGCUUCAGGAGCCGCUCAAGGCAUACCUCCAUGAGCAGCAGCGCUCGCCUCCGAGCUGCAUCAUAUGUGACCUGAUUCACUGGUGGACUGGUGACAUCGCGAGGGAGCUUGGUAUCCUGAGGCUGACCUUUAGUGGCUUCUGUGGCUUCUCGUCCCUCAUCAGGUACAUCACUUUUCACAAUAAUGUAUUUGAAAAUGUCAAAGACGAAAAUGAGCUCAUCACGAUCAGGCUUUUCCCUACACCACUAGAGCUGACGAAGGCUAAAUGCCCGGGAAAUCUUUCCAUUCCUGGUAUGGAGCAAAUCCGUAAGAAGUUCCUUGAAGAGGAGCUGAGAAGUGAUGGUGAGGUCAUUAACAGCUUCCAAGAACUGGAGACAUUGUACAGUGAAUCCUUUGAGCAGACCACAAAGAAGAAGGUCUGGGCAAUUGGACCAAUGUGCCUCUUCCACCAAGACAACAACACUAUGGCCGCAAGAGGAAACAAGACGUCAAUGGGUGAGGCCCAGUACUUGCAAUGGCUUGAUACAAUGAAGCCAGGCUCAGUGGUCUUUGUGAGCUUUGGCAGCCUCGCUUGCACUACACCUCAACAGCUUGUUGAGCUGAGACUGGGACUUGAAGCCUCCAGGAAACCAUUUAUUUGGGUGAUCGAAGCAGGAGCUAAGCUUCCAGAAGUUAAGGAAUGGCUCGUAGACGAGUUCGAGGAGCGUGUCAAAAAUAGAGGCAUGGUCAUAAGGGGUUGGGCACCACAGCUCAUGAUCAUGCGGCACCAAGCCGUUGGGGGAUUUGUGACGCACUGCGGGAGGAACUCAACAAUAGAGGGCAUCUGUGCAGGUCUUCCCAUGAUCACAUGGCCACACUUUGGGGAGCAGUUUUGGAAUCAGAAGCUAGUGGUGGAUGUGCUGAAAAUCAGGGUGGAGGUUGGAGUGAAAGGAGUUACACAGUGGGGAAGUGAAAAACAGGAGGUUAUGGUUACAAUUACAAGAGAUGAGGUGGAGAAAGCUGUGAACACCCUGAUGGAUGAGGGGGGCGGCUGCAGAAGAGACGAGGUGAGAGCAAAAGACUGCGCCAUUAAGGCAAGGAAGGCUUUUGAUGAGGGAGGUCCUUCACAUGACAACAUAAGGCUAUUAAUUCAAGAAACGGGAAACAAGACAAAUGCAUGUGGUUGAUACAGAUGGUAGUAAGCUCUCUUUUUUGGUGUAAACAUAAAAUAAAAGAGCCUAUAGUACAAAUAACCUGUUGUCAUUAGAAAGAGCCUUUAUGUCAUUGGAAAUAAUUUUAUUUUAGAAAUAACCCGUUCCUUGUAUUAGGCUCACUGGCGGGGGCGCGAUUGUUUUGAGAUUAAACGAGGGUCCAAAUGACAGCAAUAUCAAUUGUCUACGCUGCUGUGCGGUUUCAUUGCUGUCAACAUAAUGAUCACACAGUCUUCUUCUCCAGAUGUUAUGCUCUCCUUUUUAUUUUGCUACCACGUGCUCAUCAGAGUUAAAUAAGGGUUCGGAAUGAGAAAAAAAUGAAAUAAACUGUAUGCACAUUAUCAAACUGAAACUAAGAGUAAGAGAUGCUUCGAGGUGAAUAAUCAACGGAAGAGAAGGAAAUGGAACUCACAUAACGCACAUAUGACAUUAGAAUCUUAUAUGUUUGACUUAGUAGUGUGGCAAACAUGAAAUUUCAAGGAUCUCCCUAAUCUUCAUACUAAAAGAGGUUAGGAUCACCUAAAACAAGGUUUUCUUGUACUGUUUAUAUGACAAGUAGCUAAAGGGUCAAGCUCAAGACCAGUGAGCAAACCUAUUGUUUUGAACGUGCUGGUUGAUACUCCUAGUUGCCAAAAUCAAUCUAAACCUGAACUUAUUAAGUCUUCUAAACGGAUAAAAUCAUGUAUUUAUCUGGCUACUGGGGGCACAAAGAGGCCUGGAUAAGUUCAAAGAAACCAUUAUGUAAUAAAAGCAUAUAAACAGAUGACUUUCAUAGGAAGUGCCAAGAUUUACUGAGCAAUUAUGAAUAGGCAUGGUAACAUAUUCUAUAUUCAAAUGGAGUACGAACUAGGCAAAGGGAAAGCUGUAGACUGGAGGA